UGAAUUAGAAUAAAACAUGGCAUCACCCAACGGAGAAUUAAAUCCGGAUCCCGCGCCAACUGAAAGAGAGUCCUUCACACUCACAACAUGUGAAGAAGAACAGAGUAAAGAAUCUGUGAGGGCCAAAAAAUCCGACAGCCCUGAUAAAUCACCCCCUAAGAGUGAUAAACCAUCUGUGUUUAGAAGUAAGAAGACUUGGAAGGAAUUGCGACAGAGGGAGCCAUCUAUGGAGUCUUCUCACACGAAGUUUUACAAGAAAGAUAGGAUUGACAAGGAGUAUAAACAAGUGACGAGGAAGCAGUAUCUGAGCAUCUCGGAUUCCAUGUCAGGGUCAUCAGAUACCUUCCAGUGUCUGCAUGGCCCAGAAGGAAAGGAGUACACAGAAAAGGCAUUGCUGAAGAGGAAUAUAGUUAAGAAUUUAGACCCUAUUCGUCUUGAUCCGAAAUUGCGUGAAGAAUGCCCCUCGACCUUCAAAUGGGAGAUGGCGGAGAAACUGGCCUACAUGGUGCAGAGUCCGACUGUAGUUGUUCAGAUGGAGCGCUUGAAGUCACAUCUUAGAGACUUCGCCAAGACCAGCAGUGAGGGAUAUCGAGUUGACACACUGAAGAGUUUCUGCAUCAUAAUAGACUACCUGAUGGAAGAAGGAUACCAUAAUCCCACCCUAAAAGAGGAACGCACCAUGCUGCUCGAGAAUUUGAAGAAACCCAUUAUCCUUACAGCUUCGGCUGACGUUUGGAAGUAUUUUGAAAUGAUCAUGGAUUUUUUGGGCUACAUAGGCUACCUCCUAAUAAAGAUUGAAGACGACAAGCUCUUCGACGUGGUCUCCAAAGCCAUUAUAUGGCACCUAUCCGCCCCGGACGAUCUCCGGGGGCCCGGGACGGUAGCUCUGCGGUAUUCUUUGCUUGCGGGGGCCCCGGUGCUACGGGAGACCACGGUCAGAAUGCUCGCUGUGGCUUCUUCACAUAGAUUCCCGACCUUCUUGGAGAUUGCUUUGUUGCUGGCCUGUGAUACUGUUGAGAAUUGCAUAGAAAUGAUGAAAGAAAAUAUAAUAGAAAACAUUUUCUAUCGGUUCAAUCCCUACUUUCCUGAAAAGGAUCUGCCAAAUUACGAUAUUAAUCCUUGGGAUUGUCAGGACCCUAACCUUAAAUUAGGAGACAGCAGUGUCAACAUGACGACGACGCUGUCACUUCUACUAGUCCUCGUGAAAACUACCAAACAAUAUCUGGAUGAAAAUCCUAGCUUUAGAAAGGUGUUGCCUUAUCCUGACUGUUAUGCUCAAAGGUGUUUCAUAUGGGCAUACCGUUACGAAUGUCGCACGCGGGAACAUCGCCACGAGCGAACUACGCUGACAGUCAUAGCGGCUGUGCUGACCAAGUGCUUCGGAGAUAAACUGCGUCUGUUCUCUUCUAUUUUGAUGCCAGACGUGAUGUCACUAUCAGUCCUGACGGAGCUACCUCCGAGAGACGACUGGACGGCCACUAUCAACUUCAACACCUUCCAACAAGAUGUUCAGUUCAAGAAAGUACUCAUUUACUUCGUCGUAGAUCUCCUUAAAGCGUUCCCUUAUAAUAAAUUCAUGGUAGUAUCCCAGCACUGGUUGCUAGGCAUCAUGUACUUGCUAGACCCUGGACUCUGCAGCCUCAGGUCGCGGUGGUCACCGCCACUGUUCGCAGAGUUGCGCAAAACUGCUCUCCAAGCCCUGGUUUGCACAAUACCGUUGUGUGAUCGAAAGUUGGUGAAGCAGUAUGGAUUGAUUAGAAGGUUAAUGUGGUACAUCGAAUGGUAUUCAGAGAAGCCGUACGAGCUCCCCGUGUUGUACUGGUGCGUGCGUCUACUGCAGGUAGCCACGCUGCACAGCCGCGACCCUGAGAGGCGGGUCGUCAUGCAGGACCUCUUCAAUACGCAUGGCAUUAUUAUAUUGAUACACCUCUGUUACACCCUCAUGGAACAGAAACUCCCCCCAGUAGAGAGAAGUCAGGCUGUCAUAGCGCUUGCCUUACGGUUGCUGACCAGCGGGGUGAUAGCUAACAAGAAGGUCUCUUGCUGCGUGUACCCGAAUAUCAAGUGGCCUAAAUCUGCGAAUGCCUUAGCUAAGAAGAUGUUGGAAGUCGUGCUGUAUUCGCUGGAUAAGCACUUUAUUGUUAGUGACAGAUGGUUAAUAUCGCUUUUGAACUUCAUUUGGGAGGCAAUCGUCUGGAGGCCAGAGUAUCGAGCGCAGUUUGUUGCUAACGAUGGUAUUUACAAACUACUGGACAUGAUUACGAUGACCCGGCCCCCAGUCCAGUGUAUCGCACUAGCACUGGUCUGCGACAUCACCCGCGCCGGCGACGCGGUCGGUCAGCUUGUGUCAUGGCGAGCGCAUCUUGGUGCUUCCAACGCGAAUCCUACUGUGGUGAAGCGUGGUGCUACAAUAGCGAGCCUUUUAGCCGCAGUGUUCCGCGAGAGCUGUCGGUCCUCAGGAGUGAAAUUGAACGAGUAUGGAGUCAUACAAGACUUGGAAUGUCCCAUCGUCUCGCUGGAGGCUCGAAACGCCGUCGGUAAGAUCGACGAACUGAUGCGCUCUCACUCCACACCCGAGUGUCCUGCAGCCGCCGAUAUGGCUGGCUCUUGUAUGCCGAAGGCUUUUGCAAUAUUACACAUGCUGUCGGAAGAUUUGGAACACAGAGUUGCUCUGGCCGAUGAGGCGUACAAUCUAUAUGAGAACAUCAAAUUGGCCAUGGAGGACGAGGUGAUUUUAGUCCUCGUUUCCCACUAUCUUACGUUGAAACUAGCCGAAGUUUGGCGGGAGACCAAACUCCAGAGUGUCGAAAUAUUUGCCAAGGAUGACAUACUUCUCGACGACUUUUUAGCUGUUGGCAGAGGUUGGGCCAAAGAAAUAAAACGACAGCAAGAAGAUGUCUUCGCGCGAGAUAAGAAAAAGGAACGCGAAGAAGAAUGUUCUCUCUAUUCCUUCCUCGGGCGCAUUCGGCUGAACAUAGCGCUCGACGCGUUACGCGCCGUGCGUUGCGUAUCGCGUUCUACGGACCGACACCGCGUAACGCACGCCUUGAUACACGACGCAGUGUUCGCUCAUCAUCGGCGUAGCGUGUUCGCGAAGAAAACUAAUACUUCGCUGUUAAGGACUUUUAAUCCGCCUUUGGAUGAUCAGAAUAUAACUGGACAGAACGUGAAGAUAAGAAGCAUACAUCCCCCGAACGUUCCGAAAGCUCUCGUCCACGGCUCUUCAACUGGGUCACAGGCUAGCGAAUAGACCGUGUAAUGAAUAAUAGACCAGUCUUUAUGAUGCGUCAGUUUUUCAAGAGGAGUACUAAUUUACAUUAUUUUAUCAUCACGUUUUUAUAGGUUGACCUAUAAUGUUAAUGUAUAAUGGGAUUUAAGGUAGCUAAUUUAACUAUCUUCCAAGGAUCGUAGCUUCAGGUGGCAGCUGUAUGUAGCUGUACGAGCCGGAAGAUACAAAUUGUAACUUCAUGAUGGAACAUCGUAUCAUAGAUGUUUUGGAACUACUUAGAAUAAUCUUGUAGUGAACUUUGAUCACAAUUAGCGUGCAUUUAUAAAAGCGUAUUUUUCUACUACUAAUUCAUUUGAG